ACUAGAAUAUAUUGUCAUAACAUGCUGUAAUUUGUCAAAUCAAGCAGCCAAACGAGGCGGUAACAUGUCAAAAAUGUGGGGAUUUUCAAUGAAAUAAUGACUAUUUUUAUGUCCUUCUGAUACAAUGAAAAGCCAUAGAAACAAACUUCCUCUAUUUUCAUUCAAACUAAGAAAUAAUCCAGCAGUCGGGGUGUUUUUCUCCGUUUAAUCAAAGUGACAUUGAUGAACAAAUGUAGUCCACUAAUAUUAUUGUUUAAGUACAUUUUCAAAAGGACCUCCAAUACACAGCGCUCGAGGAGAAGAAUUAAUGUUUUCACACCUUUUGACGCACAAAAGACUGUUGGUUUCGAUACACAACGACCCAGGGACAUGUAUCCCUUUAUGGAUCACAGGGGCACUUCAAAGACCCGAAGGACCUCACAGACCAUCAAAAGACCGCAAGUUUCUAUAAGUGAAUUUAGAUGGCCAGCCAGCACUCAUAACGUUCACUUUCCAGAGGACGGUGUAGAAGAAAGGUCUCAGGGACAGUGUUCCUCCUCUUCCUCCUCAGCGCGUUGGAUUAUAACCUAGACUGGACAUGAGGCGGUUUACCUGCGGGGUCCUGGGCGCAGUCCUCGCGCUCUGGGUCGGUCUGGUGAGCUCCACGGCGUCGUUCCCCGGGUUCCACGAGGCGUUCAGGAACGGGAUGAGGGCACCUGGCAGGAGCGGCGGAGGUCAGGCGGGUCACGGGCGACACACCAACAGAUAUCCGCUGUAUAUGCUACAUCUCUACCGGACCCUCCUGACCGGAGACGACAAACAUUUGAGUCACGAAAAUCCAACUCUUUAUGAGUCCGAUUCGGUUUUGAGUCUCGUCGCCAAGAGUUGCCAUCAGGUCGGCGACAAACUAGCCGUGACAUUCGACAUGUCCUCCAUAUCAGCGAGCGACAACGUCCAGCGGUCCGAGCUUCGCGUCCGCCUUCCGGCGUUCGCCUCGGAGAUGGAGGUGGACAUUUAUCACGCGGCCAAACGAGAGUGCGACCGGAGCCCUUGCGACGAAGUACGGAUUCACCUCGGCACUGUUAAAGCCAAACUGAUCGACUCAACCUCCUCGUGGAGGGUCUUCAACAUCACGGCCCUGCUCAAGUACUGGUUGCACCAAGGUGAGAGCGUGUCCUCAGAGGAACCCGUUCAGAUGCCCGCGAGAUCCGAGGGCGAGGGGCAUCUGACAGCCAACAGAGUCAUGAUGGUGGUUUACUCCAAGCAGAACCGGGCGAAGACGUCCACCCUCAUUCAGACCGCCGAGCACUCCAAGUACGUAGCUCUGGACCGGGCCGCGGGCGGAGGUGAACCUGCGCCUCGGCGUCACAGGAGAAACCACCGGACCGACGACAGAGUGCGCGAUGUAGCAGCUAGCCUCAUUCCCGGUGCUUCGCAAGACGAAGGGGAGAAGAAAUCUCUCUGCAGGAAGGUGGAUAUGUGGGUGGACUUCGAUCAGAUUGGUUGGAGCGACUGGAUCGUUUACCCGAAACGGUACAACGCCUAUCGGUGUGAAGGGAGCUGUCCUACGCCUGUAGACGAAACCUUCACCCCCACCAACCAUGCCUACAUGCAGAGUCUUUUGAAGCUGCACCACCCAGACCGCGUCCCGUGCUUGUCCUGCGUACCCACCCGUCUGGCCCCACUCUCAAUGCUCUACUACGAGAACGGCAAGAUGGUCAUGAGACACCACGAAGGGAUGGUUGUAGGAGAAUGUGGCUGCCACUGAGUCUCCAAACCACAAACGAACUCAACGCUAGCACUUCGGAUAUGUUCCUUUAACCUGAAAUACAUAUUUAAGCACAAAUGAAGAUAAAUUGCUUUAAUUUGUACAGCGUUUUCACUUGGAGGUCAUGAGGUAUCCUGCACUGAGGCACCUGGAUUACUGAAUGCUAUUUUUGAAAGCUUUGUGUGUUUGCCUAAUUUGUAAAUAGCAGAGUAUGUAAAUUACCAAAUGUAAUAAAGCGUUUUCAUAAUGGUAAUGCAUUUUGUGUGCGCGUGCAUUUUUGUUUUUUUAUGAGGAAAUCAGCAGCGUCAGACAAAUAAGGAAACCGCUCAUCAAUUCUCUGGUGUUUAUUGUUUUUUUUUUUUUAAAUGCUUAAAUGUCUUUUCAGAAAUAACAGGGCAGUUUUAGAGAACUUCACAGCAAAAAAAAAAAAAAGCAUUUUACAUUCUGUUGAAUGACACUUUAGGUGAGCAUACUCAUUAGGAUAAACAGAAAUUAGAUUUUACGUUACAAAAUUAUCAAUGCCAAAUGGAAAGUGG